AUGGACAACUCACAGAAAGAAGAAGAACUCUUUGGAAUACCUCUUAGUGAAUACAUUAAUACAAAAACAGAUGACUUGUCUGAUAACAGCCCAAAAAAAGAGUACUCAAUAGAAGACAACAUACAGAACAUUCAGACCGAGCAGGCAUCUGUUGAAAGAAAGAUACGAGAAAUUCUAGAGAAGGUGGGAAAGAAGUUCUCCAGCCUAGCAAUAGACGUACAGCGAUGCACCAAAUUAGACAUAGAAGGAAUAGACAUGGUAGAUGAAGUAAAAAGCUUGAGAGAGUAUUGGAAGGUAAAAGAAACCAAUGCAAUAGCACUUCUUAGACUGAAGACUAGCAAAAUAUCUGAAGAUCUCUUGAAAAUUCUUACAAAAGUGGAUAAAACGUGUGCUUUAUUACAUACAUGGACAGAAAGAGCACGAGAAGCAAUGAAAGAAGUAGAAAAAACUAUUAUAGAGCGAAAAACAAUUAGCGAAGUGUAUACAGGCGACCACAUAGCCCAGAGAUAUAAAUCGUUUGUGGAGAAGGCUCAUCCACUCUUAAGCGUUCUGGAAGAGGGAGAAAGACUUGUAGAGGAGAAUUCGCAUAUAUACACAGAAAAGGAAAAAGAAGAGCUUCUUUUAUCAGAGAGCUUUAUUAAAGUGUCAACGCAGGAGGAAAAGACCAUAAAGCACUUGGUUUCUAGAAUUCCAUGACUAAUUAAAAUAUAAGUUUAACCG